UCUCGCUUUGCCUUUCCCUCUCUGUUCUAGCGCAGAGCUUAGUGCUUCUAGCAAGUGUAAACAAAAGGAAAUUGACAUAUUGCAGUCUUGUAUAUCUUGAAAAGGCAAUCGACGGAUCGACCUUUUUUUCCUUUUGAGUAAAUCGCUAGCUACAUUUACAUAAUAUUACAAGGCAAAUACAACAGUGUGUUAUUUGAGUAUUCCAUUUUGUGUACAUCCUCGCGCCUUUUAACUUGAGCUUCAGAUUGAGCAAAAGAAGUGGAAGUGAAAACAUGGUGGAGACACGCACAGUACCGUUAGAGUCCUUGGAUGACAGCUCCGAUGAUGAACCCCUAAUUGCAUUAGUAAAGAAGAAGCCGCAGCCCAUUGAGCCCAAUGGGACCCAGAGUGAAAAAGAGCAGAACCAAGAACCUGAUCCUCAGUCAAAGAAUAGCACAAGAAAAGAUUCUGGGUUGGAUGACACCUCAGAUGAUGAGCCCUUGACGAAGUUGGUGAAUAAAAUUCCCAGACCUAAAAAAGCCACUGUAGAAGCAGAGAGACCAGGGACUACUAAUAUCAAAAGAGGAACAGGUAAUGGCAUCAAGAAGACAAACAACAAAAUCACAGGUUCAACUCAGAAUGAGGACUCCUAUGAUAGCUCAGACGAUGAGCCCUUGAUAAAGAUGGUUAAAAAGAUCCCUAAACAGACAUCGUUGCCAUUCAAAAAGAGACCAUUCAACACAGCAAGAGAGGUGAACGAUGUGAAGAAGUGUAGAAAUAACUCCAAGAACGCUAAUAACAUAAGCACAGACUCAUCAUCAGGUGACAGCUCAGAUGAUGUGCCUCUGAUUAAGAUGGUCGAUAAACUCAAGGCACAAAAGCGAACAAAGAUCCCCACCACUACAGCCAGAAAAACGCCUGGCAUUAAAAAACCCAGUAGAGAUUUGAAAAAACACAACAGGAGGAUAGAGACCUCGGAUGACAGCUCUGAUGAUGAGCCAUUAAUACAUCUGACCAAGAGGUCUCCAUCCAAAGAGACCGACAGGACAAUACCGAAGAGGUGUGUCGCUAAGGAAUCCAACAACAACAACUGUAGUCAAAUUAAAGGGGAAAUAAGCAGAGAGGAAGAGGUGGGCUCUGAUUCUGAUGACGAGCCCUUGAUAAAUCUAGUUAAGAAGCCUCAUAAAGCUGUAAAGAAGACCACGACACCAGCAAAGAAGAGGAGUGUAUCAGGAAAGACUGUGGUAGCCAGAAAGAAGACCAGAGCAGACAUUGUGAACAAAGCAGUCAUCAGACGGAGCACCAAAGUUGUUCAAAGCACAAGUGAAGGUUCUUUGGAUGACAGCUCAGACGAUGAGCCCUUGAUUAAGAAGAUGGUGAGAAAUCCACCAAUGAAGAACCUUAUGGUUAUUCUGGAGAAAUGUGACACUAAAGAAGUAUUGGAAGAUAACGAUAGAGCCAACGUGGGAAACACAGGUGAAAGAAGUGCAGGGGAAGAGGAGAACUCCGAUGAUGAACUCUUGAUAAAGAUGGUCACGAAUCCCCCUCGUUCUUCACCAGAAACUAUGGCAGAGAAGGGAAAUAAUUCACAAACUGCCCUGACGAUUAACCUUUGAAAAAUAUGUUUGGAAACCCAAAGUCAUGAAUAAGGGAUAUUAUAGGUACUGGAAUAGUAACUUUGUUUUGGGAAAGCGUUCAGUAACAAAAUUGUCAGGAAGAUGGUCCAAUUGUAAUUGACACAACAACCCCAUUUUGUUUUAUUGCAUGUUUUCAGUGUUAUGGUGAAAAUAAAUAUGUGAAUUGUCUAAAUAUUUUUGGUGAUCUGGGAUCACUAUUUUCAUGUUAGAAUUUUUAGUGUUUUACAUUUUUAAACUUUUUAUAAUUUAAAAAAAUAAUAUUUUUUUACCACUUGGAUGCUGGUGGUUUCAUGUCUAUAGCAUAUUUAUGACCAUGCAAAAGUUGACUCGCUCAAUAUGUCAAAUUUUUUAAUUGUUGCCAAUUCUGAAUUAUAGAGUACAUUUGUGUGAUCAAAUGCAGUACCUGAGUCCUCCCUAUCCUUUUGACUGGAAUGGGCCGUCACUGGGAGCAGUACUAUUCACUGUAGAUGUUCUUAUGUCAGUCCAAGUAUAAUGGCUUACCAUUCAAUUGUGAGAUUACAUUUUUUAAAAGUAUUAUUCAUGAAUUGAUUUGUUUUCAACAAUUUUAUUAAAAGAACAGAAGUUU